CGGCCUAGGACACCAACUCUCACUGUCCAGCGCGCGCUGAGCUGCGCUGUUGCUGUGCUGUGCCGUGUCCCCCCUCUGGGUCCUGCAGGAGUCCAUCCCACUCAGCAAAAAUGAGGCUAGGAUACGAUCGAGACGUCGCUGAUGGAGAGGCCCGACUUCCACUCGUGCGUCGCAGGCCCCUCCGCCCUGAAUCUCACGAUUGGUACGGCCCCAGUGACGUCGUGCCCUAUAACCAGUACCCAAUGCCCCAUCGGACACGAAUCGACGAACUACAAAGGCCCAACGGAAGGACACCCAGGGGAUAUUCCAGGAGUAUGAGUCUCGAUGCAUACCCGCCUACAAUGCCCAUGCCGCCAGCACACUUGAUGCGUGCCUCAACAGAUGUCUACAAGAAACGCCCUCAGUUCUCGGUAUAUGAAGCAGGCGAAGACGAUGAGGAUGAUGAACGCUGGCCGGCUAUGAAACCACGGGGUAGACACCCGGAGCCCGCGAGGCCCCGGCAGGUGGUCCGAAGACGGAGAGAACCUACGCCCGAGUCGACACCGCCGAUAGAUAGUGAAAGCGAGAGUGAAAGCGAGAGUGAAAGCGAGAGCGAGGAGGAGAGCGAUGAUCAAAACCAGAUAGAGGUUGUGGUGGAAGAACCAGAGGACAAACAUAGACGCCAUCAUCGUCGACACCGUCGAUCACCCAGCCCAGACGAUUAUCUCAGCUCACCAGAUGAAAGGAGAACACCACGGAGGCGGAAUAGAAUACCAUCGCCAUCGACCUCCGACGAAAGAGAAAUAAGAUAUCGACAGGCUUCUUCUGAAAGAGGCUCACCGGACCGCAGACCUGCUCUGAGACGAGAGGUUAGCGAUACACCUAGAUACAGUCUUCCCACAAGAUUUAACAGUGUCCUCGGUGCUUCUCGGCCGCCUGUAGCUUCUAGAAGAACUGCCAAGGUGGCUGAGUCUCGUGAAUUAGUCCGUGAGGGCCGUCCCCGGAGACUACCUAUAGCUACAAUUGAAACUGUUGAAGUCUCCAGGGAGUCUUCACGACGUCCCCCAAGUAUAGCCCGCAGCGGCUUUGAUUCAUCCAGAAAUUCAUCCCCAGACCGGCCACGUCUGAUUCGUGACUGCAAGGGCUGUUUAGAUGAAGUCCCCGUAUCCAAAUGCCCCAAACUUGAUUGCGGCCAUCGCAUGUGCCACAGCUGUCUGAAGAGGCGGUUCAAGCAAUCAAUGACGGAAGCUGAACAUAUGCCGCCAACAUGCUGCACCGAUGCCCACAUUGGUCUGGAGCAUGUUGACAAGCUUUUUGAUUCUACGUUCAAAAGAAUAUGGAACAAGAAGUUUGUCGAGUACUCCCUCAGGAACAGGCUCUAUUGUCCCUCUCGACGAUGCGGUGAAUGGAUUCGACCAGCUGAUAUUUACCGCGAUCGCGAGACGGGACGCAAAGCUGCUCGUUGUGAUCGGUGCAACACUAAAGUUUGUGUCGCCUGUAAUGGCAGGUGGCACUUUGCGAGCAAGUGUCCUAGGGACGAAGAGACGGCGAUGUUUCUUGAGUAUGUCAGAGCUGAAGGGCAGAAGAGAUGCUAUAGAUGCGGUGCUUCAGCUCAGCUCCGAGAGGGUGAUAAUCAUGCCUUAUGUCGAUGUGGUGCCGAAUUUUGCGUCGUGUGUGGAGAGAAGCCCAAGAGAUGCGAAUGUCCAUGGUUCGACCCUGAUGCUCCCGAAUCCGAUCACGAGCAAGAGGUUACACAUCGAGGCGAGAUUCAGGUCUUUCGUGAAGAUAGCACUGAAGAAGAAUCUCGUGUUGCUAGACGACCACGAAAAGCUAAACCUACACGACCCCCGAUCUAUGAUGAAGAAGCUAUCAUGCGUCAACAACAGGAGGAGCGUGACGAUGAGUUGGUUCGCAGGUCUCAUUAUCAUGGCAAAGACUACGAAUACGAUAUUGGAGGUGCUCCAGAAGUACCUAGGUCUAGCGAUCCUUACUCAGGCGAUAGUCCUCGCCGUGUAGGUCGCAGAGUCGUCGGUGGUGCUCCUCCAUCACCAAGCCGAGCAGACUUCGAAAGAGGCACCCCCAGGAGUGGAGGAUACUACGCCGGCCGCAUGGACAGACGCCAUGCCGAAGACCGUUACGCUCCAGACUCUCCGGGCAUGCGACCACCACCAAUGGGAAUGCCACCUCCCGUCAUAGAGGAAGGAUACCGCGGAGGUGUAGGACCUCUGAUCGUGGAGCGUGAUCCAAAUACUUACGACGACGACGAUUCGUACUACAGCCACAGCUCGCGCAGUCGAAAGGGUACGCGACGCAGCGAGAAUCGAAAGUCUUCCGAGCUCGCCGGUCUCGGUCCACGGACCCCGGGACUGAACCGGAUCGACGUCUGGCGGACGUUUGUUGAGCCCGGUGAUCCCGAGGGAGAGAUAGCCGCUGCAGCUGCCGUGACUGCAUGAAACUUAAACGAUAACGAAUUUCAUAUACAAUUUUUAUCUCGAGCAAGAUUGAUAGAUUGUCUUUCUUGUACGAUAGUCUUUCUUUUUUUUUUGGUCUAGGGUUUAAUUUUGGUGGGGAGUCUUGUCGCAUGGAUUGUUACGCAAAGGCCAACAGAACUCUCUAGACGCAUGACAUGUCAUGUCAUGGCAUGGUAUGGUGUGGUAUGAUGAUGGUAGGAGCAUAAGCAUAAGCGUGAGUGUGAGCAUCGGGUCGGACAACGAUAAGAAGGAUAAUGCUUGAUGUCAUCUAGCCCUUGAUAUUUCUUCAUAAAUUAUGCAUUCUUCUCCCAAAAUACGGAGGUCGCGGUCAAAAGUUUUAUCUUACGCUGAAAUCGCUAGUGCCGACCCAAGUGGGAUAGUACUUCUAAAUUGGUCAAUUUUGCACCUAAUUACCCCUGCC